AUGUUAACAAAUUCAACUAAUCAUGAGAAUAAUCAUCAAGAAUUGGUGUCAGAUCAAUAAUAGGACAAUUUACAUUAAGCUAGAUAAAUAUAAUUUUAAAAGGCAUUAGAAUAAAGUUUGAGAAGCUAUGUCCAAUAUUCUUAAUAGCAAAAUCAGCUUCGAUUCGUUUAUCAAUUAAUAUUUGUGCUAGCUUUCUAUUAAAUAGUAGAACUCAUUCUAUGUAUAAUCUCAUUUGGUUUAACCUCGAGAAAUCACCCCUUAUUCUAUAUUAGCAUCAUCUCAAUAUCAAUUAAUGUAAUUUCCUUAAUACCUUCUCUAUAUUAUUUAAAGCUUUUUCAUUAAAAUGAAAUCGAGUAUUUAGAAGGAUUACUUUGGUUUUAGUAUGAUAUAGAGUAAAGGCCUGA